UGAUUUCGCUGCCCGGAUUUAAUAACAACAGAAGCUACACUACUGCUCCAGGGCGCUCAGAAGCGAUUUGUUAAUUGGAAACAGUACACGUAUAACGUUUGAAGCGUAGCUGCUCGUUAGUUUUUUUAUUGUUGAAAUCGUAAGUGUAGAUUGUUAGUUUGCUCUCUGUGUUUAUACUCAAAGGCUGACUCUGACGAUCAUGAAAUAGCAUUGUCCGUGGCAUCCAUGAGCUGUCUGUUAUAAACAUCGUCAAUUAGGGCAUGUGCUCUGUUCGUUGGAUUGUUUGAUGGGGCUUUUACGGAUGAAGAUGCCGCCUAAGUUUCAGCUUUUGGCUCUGCUGGCCUUCGGGGUCGCAAUGAUAUUUUUGGAGAAUCAAAUCCAGAAGCUGGAGGAAUCACGGGGGAAGCUAGAACGAGCUAUUGCCAGGCAUGAGGUACGAGAGAUUGAGCAACGGCACAUUCAUGAGGGAAUAAAAGAGAACCUGAUGGACGAGGAUGAUUUGGUGGUCAUCUACAACCGAGUACCAAAAACAGCCAGUACUUCCUUCACCAACAUCGCCUAUGACCUGUGCAGCAAAAACCACUAUCAUGUGUUACAUAUUAAUACCACCAAAAACAACCCCGUCAUGUCCCUUCAGGACCAGGUCCGGUUUGUAAAGAAUGUGACGUCAUGGAAGGAGAUGAAGCCUGCUUUCUACCAUGGACAUGUGUCCUUUUUAGACUUCACUAAAUUUGGAGUGAAGAAAAAGCCUAUUUAUAUUAAUGUUAUCCGUGACCCCAUUGAGCGCCUGGUGUCUUAUUACUACUUCCUGCGCUUUGGUGAUGAUUACAGACCAGGCCUGCGACGCAGGAAGCAAGGAGACAAAAAGACCUUUGAUGAGUGUGUAGCUGCAGGAGGCUCUGAUUGUGCUCCAGAAAAACUAUGGCUUCAGGUUCCCUUCUUCUGUGGUCACUACUCGGAGUGCUGGAACAUUGGCAGCAAAUGGGCUUUGGAACAAGCCAAAUACAAUCUGGUGAAUGAAUAUAUGCUAGUUGGGGUGACCGAGGAGUUGGAGGAUUUUGUUAUGAUGUUGGAGGCAGCUCUUCCUCGGUUUUUUAAGGGAGCCACGGAGCUUUAUCGAACAGGUAAGAAAUCACACCUAAGGAAAACAACUGAGAAGAAGGCACCCACCAAAGAGUCCAUUGCCAGACUGCAGCAGUCGGACAUCUGGAAAAUGGAGAAUGAAUUUUAUGAGUUUGCGCUAGAGCAGUUUCAAUAUGUCCGGGCCCAUGCGGUGAGAGAAAAAGACGGGGAACUGUAUUUACUGGCACAAAACUUCUUCUAUGAGAAAAUCUACCCAAAGACUACCUGACACUCAAAAAUGUGCCAUCAUGCAGAAACACUGGAAGGGAGAAGACAUAACACUGAUGGAUACUGCAACUCUUCUCCAUCUGGAUAUGUACAUCUAAGGCAGCUUAUGCUGUUACAUGAAGUCUUCGGGCCAAACAGCUGUCACGAACUUGAGCCCCCAUACAUAUCAUUUUAAUAAACAUUGAACAGCUCUCUGAGCAUUAAUGACUGAGAUCUUGUUCAAGACAGUCAUUCUGCCAUGGAUUGUUUUAUACAGGUCCCCAUUUCAUUUUAUACUGCCCCACUUUGACUCAUUUAUCGCAUUGAUUUUUUUUGACUGCAUAAUGUUGUGUUGGAAGUUAUUACAUCUUGUUUUAAAGUCUAAAUCGGAAUAUGGAUGACUACUGAACUUUGAAGUUCUUUAUUGUAAAAGAUUCACUGUACUGUUUGAUAUAUUGGGUACCAAUAACGUUUCUGGUACUGUAGGAAAUAUACUGUAUUGAGUUCUUAAAAUACGUUUCUUUGUUAAUAAUUCCACAAUUGCUGUUUGCUAAUUUAACCCAGAAGCUUCGGUUCACAAGCUUAAGGUUUAUUCCGUUUUAGCAAUUUAGUAUUUUUUAUUUUUAAGUAUAUGUAAAUACUCAUCACUUCAGUUACAGUUGGACCAAAACAUUUAAACGUGAGAGGACAAUGUAUUCAACAUGUUUUUGGUUUGUUUGGCUUUUUUAAGUACAUUCUCAGAAAAAAGGUACAAGAAGGUAAAAAAGUUGUCA